AUGACCAAAUUUUAUUUUAAUAUUUUUGUUCUCCUUGUCUUCUUUACCGCUGUUUCGACAGCUUUAACUACUCGUAAUGAUUUAUCAAUUCACAAACUUGAAAAACGAACCACGUGUCCAUAUAAUUCUAAGAGGAGUGUUUUGAUCGAACGAAACGAAGACAAACAAUGUUCUUGCAGCAUGGCAGAAGCGAUUUUCUCAAAUAAACUUCAGGGACUCUUUUUCUUUGCACAAGAUGAAUGUGGUAGCACUACUAUUGCAGGUCUUUUUAGUAGUGGUUUUGAAGUAUUCAACUCAACCUCGAACAUCACUUUUGAAAUCAUUGAUAGCUGCAAUCGUACCCUCUAUGAUCUCACUGAUGGAUUGAACGUACAAUUUAAUUAUAAUGGCAGCACAAAACCUUUCAGAUAUACCUUCGAUGAAAUCAACCUUGAUUGUGAUAAAGAUGGAAUCCUGUUCCCACAAGUCGGUAAAUCACACUAUAACAAACGUACUUGCGAUAGUCUUAGGCGCCGUGAUGGUGAAAAUCAAGUGGCUUGUAAGGAAAGUGGUGACAUUUUUGAAGCAACGAUUAUAAGUGAUGUGGAAACAUAA